UUGGCGUGGCGUGAUGCAUUCCUCGUUUGAUAUUGUUGGCUGAUAAAGAUUUGGGGCGUUCAUCUAUGAAUGCAGUAAGAACUUGAGUUUAAAAUUAUAGACUCUGCUUGGAUUUCUGGCUGGAAGAACAGACGAUGAAUUGGACUAGAAAGCAACUCCUUGUGUUGUUCUGAAACCAUCUAAUUGUUUUCUGCCUUGUCUUGUCUUGAGGCUCUCUCAAUGACAAUGAUUCAACUCUCGCAGUUUCCGGUAGUUGGAACGAUUCUCCUGAAGAACAAAGAGACUGAUGCUUAUACGAAAUGCCGUGGAAAUGUAAUACACAAUUUACAUAUGAGGCUAUGAUAGAAGACUUUAGUUUCUUUUAAUUAAAAAAAAUAUAUAAGAAUGGCAUUGAAGAAGAUGUGGUGACGACACUAGCUUUAUAAUUAAUUGGUCAUUGUGACAAUCCUAAGUGUUGACCAUGGCAACAGUUUUAAGUAACUGCCUUGUAUUUUCUACCAAUGUUCCAUAGAGACAUAAAGAGGGAGGCUUGUUGUAAUGCGUAUAAAUUGACUGUUGCUUCCCUUCAGCUUCCUUGUACACUUGUUCUGUUCGGAGAAAAGCUUCUUCAGGACCCUCUUCAAUUGCUAUACAGACAUGACUGGACCCAUAUAUCAAUGACUUUUCAAACACAUCUUGAUUCUUACAAAAUGAUGAACCGGCAAACGUGAAGGGCAUUGAAAAUGAAACUUUUUAUUUUUAUUUUUAUUUAAUUAGUGUUCUUUUCCCCCUCUUUUUACUUCAUAUAAACUAUAUGAAUGACAUGUUUGGAUUUUUGUUCUUUCAACUGAUACCAGGUAACAGAGAUGAGAGUUCACAUGGACUGUACGGGAUGUGAAAAACAAGUAAGAAAAGCUCUGGAAAGUCUACCAGGUGUGGAUGAUGUGGUAAUAGAUUUAAGCAUGCAGAAGGUGACUGUGAUGGGGUGGGCAAAGCAAAAGAAGAUUCUGAAAGCAGCGCGGCGGAAUGGGCGGACGGCAGAGCUGUGGCCAUACCCUUACAACCCCCAGUACCAUGGUUUCAUCUACCACUACCAGCAUUACCUCAACUCUCCUCAGCAUCACCACCAGCCUCAGCCUCAGCCUCAGCCUCAAACUAAGCCAAUCAUCACCUACAAUUCACUGUCUUCUUCUUCCUUUCACAAGCACAAUAUGAGUCCCAUCCAUGAGUAUAAUAGCUACAACUACAGCGGCAGCGAUGCUGACGACUACUGCUAUCAUCAAGAGCCACCCUUUUCAACGAUUGAUGAAGAAGCUGGUGCCAUGUUCAGUGAUGAGAAUCCGCAUUCUUGUGCUAUUAUGUAAUGCAAGUUUGUGUAUGUUUUGAAUAAUGUACUUAAUUUUUUUUUUAAUUAAUUACUUUGAAAGUUAUUUUAUUUAUAAUUUAGCUUCUUUUGUACUCGCUGUGAUAUAUAUAUGUACAAAUAUGUGUAAGUGAGCCAGAAAUGCGUAUUUUAAUAUUCUCCAAA